CUUGUACACAGUGCAACAGAUGCUGAUCUUAGCAAAGGUUCUUGCAUGCAGAAGUUAAGCUAUGGUAGGAAACCUGUUUUGUGUAGCUGUUCUGCUCACAGCCAUAGCAUCAAGAGUUCACUACUCUCAAGGUGAAUGUGUAGGAGGAGGUCCACGAGACACGUUGUAUAUCGCAGAGUUUCUGAAUACAAGUGAGCCUAUAUGGACGUUUAAUUCGACAGCAACUAUGUCUCCUGUCUGCAAAGUUGACGUGAUUCAGCAAUGUACCUGGACAAGAGUUCUUUUGAGACGGCUUUAUAUAGAACGCCACAUAACGCAUCGAAACAAUCUUUCCGGAAAUAUUCCUAACAAUCAACAGGACACAAUGUUCAUCACCGGACAAGAUAACAGGUGUCAACGGGAGCAACUCGUCUACAUGGCCUAUACCCGUAGCUGUGCAGUGGUCUCGGUUCGCCUAAACUGCCCAUAUAACACUGAAUAUGUCGAACUCCGUGUUCGCAAUUCGUCCAUUUUGACUGGUCCUGACUGUGGCUGCUUAAAGAAAUUUGACGAGUAUCAUAGCCAAGGACAUCGAGUUUAUACAGCUGAUUGCCAGAGGAUACUUGAACCAGGCUGUCGAACAUCGCCUUGUUAUGGUCGCUAAAGAUUUCAAAAAGAGAUUUUUCUGUGAGAGUC